UUCCGGUCUCACACCCGACAUUACAACAACAGAGCAGGCUAGCCGAGCCGAGCCGAGCCGAGCUUGGACGAGGGGGACGACAGCACCAAGGGAGGAAAAAAAAAAAAAGUAACUCCAUUGAUAUAGUGGGUAUCCACUGACUGACCCCACAGAUGAAACAUAUUUUGUAGAGGGGGAACCGCAGCCCCCCACCCACAGCAGGGACUGUUUGAGGUGGGUCUCUGAGUGCAGGAUGGAGAGAAUUUGAGGGAACUUAGUCCUCAGGAGAGUCCUGAGUUGUGACGCGAAGCUCAGCUGAGCUCAGAUUCAUCAGAGCCCACCCUGUGAAUGAUAUGAGCCAUGGAUCCUGGAGAACUUGAUAAUCCUGUAACGCUGGUUAUUAAGGCCCCCAACCAAAAGUAUGAAGACCAGACCAUCAACUGCUUCCUCAACUGGACUGUGGAGAGGCUGAAGAGUCACAUCUCCAAAGUGUACCCAAGCAAACCGCUGUCUAAAGACCAGCGGCUGGUGUACUCUGGGAGACUCCUUCAGGAUCACCUGCAGCUCGGAGAUGUGCUCAGAAAGCAGGAUGAAUACCACAUGAUGCAUCUAGUGUGUGCCUCUCACAGCCCGCCAGCCUCGCCCAUGCCUCGGAGCCCCUCCACGGCCAGCUCUUCUGCCUCUGACUCCAGCAGUUCAGACAACACUGGCUCCUCCUCGCCUGCCAACACUACGAAUCAGGACAGCCAGCCGGCCUCUUCCUCUUCUGUCCCAGGAAGUUAUGAUGGUCUGAGGUAUCGCGGUGGCCUCCCCCAGUACAACCCUCACGGCCCCCCUGCUGUCCCUCAGUGGCCCGAUGGAACCCAGGUCCCUCUUCAAGGCGGCCUCCCGGCCAACAUGCCCCCCCAUCCAAUGUACAUGCCCAUGCAGAUGCUGUGGUGGCAGCAGAUGUAUGCACGCCAUUACUACAUGCAAUAUCAAGCAGCAGUAGCCGCCUCUCAGCCUCCCGCCUCCCCCCCUCCUUCCUCUCCCUCCCCCUCCUUGCCCCUUCAACCCGCCCAGCCCAACGAGGCCGUGCAGCCGCCGCUGGGACCCAACCCGGACCCCAACCCUCUACCAGAGAACCAGCCGGCGAACCCCAACAUCCAGAUGAACGCGCAGGGCGGGGCGGUGCUGAACGACGACGAGCUGAACCGCGAUUGGUUGGACUGGUUGUACACGGUUUCUCGUGCCGGCGUGCUGCUCAGCAUCGUUUACUUCUACUCUUCCUUUAGCCGCUUUGUAAUGGUGGUAGGCGCCAUGCUGCUGGUCUACCUACAUCAGGCCGGCUGGUUUCCUUUCAGGCUGGAGCAGCAGAACCUGAGAGGAGGAGAUGGAGCCAGAGCUCCUCAGGAGGAGGCAGAGAGACACCAGGACAUACAGGAAAUGGAACGUUUGAUGGAUGAGGGUCUGGAGGACGACGACAGCGGGGAGGAGGGAGGGGGAGGACACGAGGAGCAAGCUGCUGCUGCUGUUGCUAUACCUGAACCAAGCUUCCUUACCACCGCGUGGUCCUUCAUCAGCACCUUCUUCACCUCGCUCAUCCCCGAGGGACGGCCCCAAGCAGCCAACUAGGCCCGCCCCUCUCUGUCCUGCCAUCAGGUACCGCUCUACAGAAGUAUCAACAUAUUCCCACCUUCAUCUUAACCGUCUACAACACCUCGAUUAAACUUCAUCAGAUAAACAAAUAGUGCUCCCCGGAGGUUUGAAAACCUCUGAAAAGCUGCCAACAAACCGACGGAUCCUUUUUACUCUGACGCGUGAGAACAAGAUGCAGUGUGAGUUCUGCAGGAGAGGAGAAGAAAGAAUAUUAGGAAAGUAAAUAUUUUUUUUUUUUUUUGUUGUGUCCUCAUUGGUCGUGAAUUCAUUUGACGUGGUGAAGAAUCAUGAGAGAGUGGAGGGAGCUGUCUUCCAUAAAGCAGAGAAAAACAAGGAUGUUGAAACUUUUUUUUUUUAAGGGGGAUGUGGGCUCAUCGUUUAAAAGAAAAAAAGAAAGUAAUCUCCUGAAAUGAAAGGAGCUGUGUGAGAAGCCACAUCCCCCAAAAGACAUUCUCAUGUAUGCACAGGAUGUGCGUACAGACAUUGCAGCUACUGAAGCACAUUGUUUUCCCACUUUGUGUAUUUGAACAUUAUCUAUUUACACAUGUAAGUAUAUGCAUCUUUAAUUCCUGAAUAUACGCUUUUUUUGGAAUAAAAUCUUGCUGAAUUUGA